AAAUAAACGCGGUCGAAUAUAGCCUUUGCUCGCCUUCCAAUGAAAGGACAGAAAAUGGCAGAGGUCGCCAGUUGUUUUUGAGGUGUUGUCUGUUUGACAGGAAUUUUACUGCGUAAUCCGACGAAUUCCUAGUAAUUUUGCUCCGUAUAUAAAAAAACAGGUCUUACCAUUGACCAACAGAACUGAGAAGUUCUACCAGAGUGAAGAAGGGGAUGAGCUUGAGACGUCGGUCCUUGCGACUUCGUAGUGGUUUGCGAGAAGAAAGAAGAAGGAUGCCCCGCCCGCGGACCCGAGGCGUAGCGAGAGGUGUGGGCUCUCAGCAGGAGCCUAUUGAUGUGGAAGAUGCACCUGCCAUAGUAGACUUGACCAGUGAUCACCAUGAUGCUGAUGAUGAUGUUGUAGUCUGUCAUGUCAAUGACGAAGUGGUUGACUUAACGCGACCUCACCACGCACAGCCCAACAACUCCAUGUUGCCACUAUACCUAAAUGGCCGGCAGCACCAAGGACAGCUUCAGUUGGACACAGAAGUGUUAGUUAGCGAUGACGAGGUCACGAUAGAAUCUGAGCGACUCCCUGGUCCCAGGCUCCUGGACUUGUUUCGUGAUGAAGCCCCAGGACCAUCGACAAGUGCUAGUUCCCCACCAAAGACAAUUUCCUGUCCCGUGUGCCUAGACGACGAGAGACAGAUCCGCGUUACAGGUCGUAGGCUGAUGUCAACUGUGUGUGGACAUGUUUUCUGUGAGUCCUGCUUGAAGGAAGCUUUGCAGACACAAAAGAAAUGUCCCAACUGUAGGAAGAAGUUAACUGUGAAACAGAUCCAUCCCAUCUUCAUAUAAAAACAUGUAUAGUUUCCCUACUCCAAUGUAAAUAACAGCCAAGGAUGUUUCCCAAAGUUUCCAUGGUUCCCUAUCCAGUCAUUUCAUGAAACAACAAUAGCGUAAAUGAGACUUUGUGGUUAUGAUCAUGUUUUUUUGUUGUUAAAAUCAAUCCAAGUUUAUGAUAAGAGGACUGGGAACAUUCUUUGGCCUGGCAUAACAUUUGACAAUGUUAUUGCUAUUACGUGUACAUUGUACCAAACAGUCCACUGAGUUUUAAAGACAUUGUAGGAAGAGCAGGCUAUUCAUGGAGCACUCUUUCUCUCAUGUAGGAGUUCCUCUCAACAAUCCGGUUUAUGUUGGAAUGUGUUUCCUGGUAGUUUAAGAUUAUCACUUAUGUUGAAAUACUUGUAUUUAUCAUCUGAUACUAGGUACUACUGGAAAAAACAAUACUUCUUCCAGCUAAAGCACUUGAUACUUAAGUUGACUUAAGAAGAUUUAUGAAAGGGAGCUUUAUCCAUUAUCUACUUGAAGUGUUACAAAUGAUGGCUUGGUGAUGGACCUUAGUAUACCUGAUUAACACACAUUAAAGGCUACAGCUAUGCAAGGCAUCGUGCCCAUGUAACAGAGAACCAGUUCAAGAUUGAUAACAAUACUCAUACUGCAAAGUUUUCUAGCAUUUCUUAUAAGUUCUAUAUGGUAAUGUCCCAAGUCAUUGUUUACUGCAUUUUUUUUAAAAUGCUUUAUAUCCGAAACAGAUCUGAACCUGUGCAAGUAUCUUCUAUGUCUCAAUGUAGGCUCGAAAAAAAUACAACAACAUAAUUUACAUUUUUGCUACACAGAAUAUAAGUUAGGGUUAAUGACCUGCCCUGAGGUGUAUACUUAGCCAUCCAUGAAUUAUGGCGCCGUAUUAUAUGGUGCCAUAAUUCAUGGAUGGUUCCUAUAACCAACAAAUGAAUGGCCAAGUCUGCAUAAUGGUGGUUUAUGAGAUGAUUAUAGGAACUGACCAUGAAUUAUGGCACUGUAUACAUUAAAGCUAUACAUGUAUAUGGGAUAUUAUUGACCUGGGUUAUUGGAAAAAUGGAGCCUUCUGGUUGCUCUGACAGUCGAUGUCUUCUGGCUAUAUUAUAAUACAUCAUUGUAGUUCACAAUCACUUAGUGUUACAACUUGGGAAUGUUUCAUGAAUUUUUUUCUGUGUGUACAAACAUCCAAUCAUACAGCUCUUAUCUUUACAGUUGAAUUAUUGCUGAAUACGGUGUUUUUAUUAAUUCUUGUACAUAUUUAUUAAUUUGUGGACAGCAAGUGCAAAGCUGUUACCAGAAUGAUUUUUCCCGUUCAAUAAGUUGAUAGUUACCUUCUAAGUUCAAGUUUGUUAGCAUAUAAGUUGUUAAGAGGUAAAUGGAUAAUACUACACUCUUCCAUGUUUAGGGAAAUGCAUUGAGCACUUUCUUAGAUCAUAUUCAAUAUUUCCUUUUUAUGGUUAAGUAUGCCAUCUAGAUAUAAAGUAUUAAUAAACUGUACAUCCUUUACACAUGAACAUAUACUGUAGUAAAUUUAGUGUUUCCAUUAUAUUGAUUAUGUAUGAUGUUAAUAAAGUAUAUUGUGUCAAAGUUUUA